AUGGUGGAACCAGUCAUUGGACAACAUUUGUCGCACCUAGUGGUACUCAACACCCUCGUAGGACCGUCAUCCCCCUUCUGUGAGAGUUGCAAAUCUAACCAAUGACGAUUUGUGGAUCCAGCCAAGGACAAGGAUAGGUGUUCUUCACGCAGUCAGCAACAUCGAAAGUGGUGUGGAAUUCAAGAGAGUGUCAAUCAACGAAGAAAUGGUUACGGUGCAAGAUAGCGAGAACAUAUCCAUUCCAGACGUCGUAGUACUGAAUGUCCUUGCAACGGACUUUCCCCAGAGCAGCAAGAAAAGCUGGACGCACUGUUGAACAAGCAUGCUUCCGUAUUUUCAAAGUCAGACGAUGACAUUGGCUACACGGAGACGGUUAAACACAAAAUUAGGACGGAUGAUGACAUCCAGGUUACGCAACCCUACAGACGAAUUCCCCCAAAUCAAUACCAAGAGGUGAAGAAACACAUUCAGAAAUUACUUGAUAGCUCAGUCAUUCGUGAAAGUCACAGCCCUUGUGCAUCUCUUAUUGUGUUAGUGAGAAAGAAGAACGGCUCCCUUCGCCUGUGCGUUGAUUAUCGAAAGCUCAACUUAAGAACGCAAAAGGACUCCCUUUACCCCGGUAGACGAGUCACUUGA